AUGGCUCAGCACGAUCCCACCUCACUAAACUGCCAAAAGGCUUGCAGCAUCCUGCACAGUGAAUUUGGACCUACAGCCGUACAUUACUACGGUCAAGACAACUUCACGCUCUGGGACGCAAAGCAAAAUGAAGUCCAGUACGCAUGCCGUUUUGAGCCUUCCAACAAGACCGACGUUGCUGCCGCUCUUCGUGUUCUCACUGGCUCUUGGUGCAACUUUGCCAUUAAAUGUGGUGGUCACUCUCGCGACCCGGAUUUCUCGAACUCAGUUGGCGGGGUGACCAUUGAUAUGAGGCGUUUGAAUAGCGUGGAGGUGGCAACAAACGGGUCUUUUGCGAGAAUCGGUGGCGGAGCUGUAACGGCGGACGUCUAUUCAGCUCUCGAUGCCCGCAAUCUGUCUUUUGUCGGUGGGCGCGUUGGCAGCGUCGGUGUCGGUGGCUUCACUACGGGUGGAGGCACUUCACCGCUUUCAGCUCGACACGGAUGGGCUGUCGAUAACGUCUAUGAAUAUGAGCUGGUUUUAGCGAACGCUACCUUUGUCACUGUGAACGAGCACCAGCAUCCCGAGCUUUAUUGGGCUCUUCGCGGCGCAGGCGGCGGAAACUUUGGCGUCAUCACUUCCUUCGUCGUACGAACGUCUCCACAAGGACAACUUUACUCCGGAAGCCGGAUCUGGAACGACACAAACACGGAGCAGGUGGUAAAUGAGGUGUACGACCUGUUCACGAGCCAAGACCACAACACGAACGUGUCUGUCGAUUUUUACUACGCCUACGCCCCAGCCAGGGACGUCUUUACUCCGGUCGGCAGUCUAAGAUACUUUGACCCCGUUGAGAGUCCUCCGGUCUUUGCGUCCAUCGAUCGUAUUCCCGUCGUCACAUCAUCCGGACAAAUCAGCAGCUUAGGCGACACCUCUGGGCCAGGUAAUGUGCCAGCGGCUCCACCUCCUACUAGACAUUUGUUCCAGACUAUGACCACCUUUCCGUCUCGUGAGUGGCUACAAGAAUCAUUACAGAUCUUUCGCGAGGAGGUAAGAGCGUUCAAGUCCGUAGAGGGUCUAAAUCCACAAAUCAUCACUUAUCCAAUCCCAUCACGCGCUAUUCGUGGCAUGACCGAUCGAGGAGGGAAUGCUCUCGGCCUUGGAGAUGUGCCAGGACCAUUACUUAUAACGUUCCUAAGUACGGCUUGGCUGCGUGCGGAGGAUGAUGCGCUCGUUGGCGACUUUUACGACCGAGUAUUCGCACGGUUGGAGGAUGCUUCCAGACGCCUGAGCAUCCAUCAUCCUUACAAAUAUAUAGGCUACGGCAGACUGGGCGAGGACAUCUUCUCGUCGUAUGGUGCAGACAAUCGCGAAAGGCUGGUGCAGGUUCAAGAGGAUGUUGAUCCUAAGGGCAUUUUCACUUCUGGUGGUUUAUGCCGCGGUGGAUUUAAGAUUCGGUAG